CACGAGCCCUUCGAAUCGGACGCAGCCUCGGUGCGGCGCCGCUGUGCAGAUGUUGCGCCGUCAGCGGCGUUAGUUGUGCGGUGAAGCUGCGGCUCGUCUCUAAGCUGCGGAUGGAGCACAUCCGACUACCAAAGGUGGACAACGUCCGGCUGCUCGACAGAGUGUCUGCCAGGAGGAGCAGGGUGGGCACCCUGUACCUGACGGCCACGCACAGCAUCUUCGUAGAGAGCGAGGCCGACGUGCGCAAUGAAACAUGGGUGCUCCACAGUCUGGUGUGCGGUGUGGACAAACCAGCUGCUGCUGCUGCAGCCUCAGGAUUCCCUCUGCUCCUUCACUGCAAGAACUUCCAGGUCCUUCAGUUCGUCAUUCCCGGAGAGCGGGAAUGUCAGGACGUCCAGCUGUCCCUGCAGCGUCUCUCCCAGCCAGAGAGUUACACAGAGCUGUACUGCUUCUCCUACAAGCCUAACGUCGACGGGGACGGGAGGCGGAAGGAGUGGGACUUCCUGGACCUCAGGGCCGACUACAGCAGAAUGGGGCUGCCGAACUCUCUGUGGAAACUGUCCCCUGUCAACAGACACUAUAAGGUGAGCGACACUUACCCUGCUGACCUUUUGGUCCCCGAGUCAGCCACGCCUCCAGUCAUAGUGGGGAGCUCCAAGUUCAGGAGCAGAGGCCGAUUUCCUACUCUGGCGUACUACUCCAAAGAAAACCACGCUGCCAUCUGCCGAAGCAGCCAGCCACUGUCAGGUUUCAGCGCUCGCUGCCUGGAGGACGAACAGAUGCUGGAGGCCAUCCUUAGGUCCAAUCCCCGCAGCGACUUCAUGUAUGUGGUGGACACCAGGCCCAAGCUGAAUGCCAUCGCGAAUCGAGCUGCAGGCAAAGGUUACGAAAACGAGGACAAUUAUUCCAACAUUAAAUUCCAGUUCAUCGGCAUAGAGAACAUCCAUGUGAUGAGAAACAGCCAACAGAAAAUGCUGGAAGUGUGCGAGCUGCGCUCCCCCUCCAUGUCCAGCUUCCUGGAGGGCCUGGAAGGCUCAGGCUGGCUCAGGCACAUCAAAGCUGUUCUGGAUGCAGGCAUCUUCAUCGCCAAGGCUGUUGCAGAGGAGGGUGUCAGUGUCCUGGUUCACUGUUCCGAUGGUUGGGACAGGACUGCUCAAGUGUGUUCAAUGGCCUGUGUGCUGCUGGAUCCCUACUACAGGACCCUCCGAGGACUAAUGGUUCUCAUUGAGAAAGACUGGAUCUCGUUUGGGCACAAGUUCUCCCACAGAUGUAACCACCUGGCCGGAGAUCCCAAAGAGGUGUCUCCCAUCAUUGAUCAGUUCCUGGAGGGCGUGUGGCAGCUAAUGGAACAGUUCCCCUGUGCCUUUGAGUUCAACGAGAGGUUCCUCAUCACAAUUCACAGCCACAUCUACUCCUGUCAGUAUGGCAACUUCAUUGGCAACAACCAGCGAGAGAGGGCGGAGCUAAGAGUGCGUGAGCGGACUCAUUCUCUGUGGAGUUAUCUGUGGACAAACCGUGGAGACUACAUCAACCCUCUGUACAGACCGGACCACAGCCAGACUCAGGGGCUCCUCCGGCCGUCUACUGCCCCCUACUGUUUUAAGUUUUGGAAAGGACUCUACAACCGUUUUGACCGAGGUAUGCACCCUCGACAGUCUGUGGAGGAUUACCUGAGGGCCAUCCAAGAGGAGACGGAGCAGCUGGAAGAGCAGCUGGCUUCACACAAACAGAAAAUUGCUGAGCUGGAACAGGGGUGGAGUGUACACCAGAAAGCCACCACCAUGGAUAAGAGCCCCACAGCGUGGGCUCUCAGUAGGGACCUCAGCCUGGCCAACACCCCCCAGGACUACACUGGGUGCUUCAUCACCAGCAGCCCCUGUCAGCCCAAAGCUUCAGACAGAGGCCUGAUUCUCCCGCCUCAAGACUUGACUCAAACAGCUGAACCCGCCCUGUCCAACGGCAGCGACCAGGAGUCGGGGAUCGCAGACCUGAGCUGCCGGUCGCCUCUUAGCGAGGACAGCACCAAGGAUCCAGACUCGUACGAGGCUGUGUACUCCGCUGCCUGAGCAGCUUAUGAACCACUGAACAAACACUACCUUCACUUUCACCAAAUAAGAUGGUUAUUGGUUUGCCAGUGAUAAGUCAGAGUUUGACUGCUGAAUUGGUGGACUCUCCUUCUUGCCAUACCAAUAAUAGUUGUUUACUGAAGGUGACCACAUUUCAAUAAUGGAAAUGAUUUUAACUUUAUAAAAGGUAACAGAAAGGCCCACCCACAUGUACAAUGUGAGGGUUAACCUCAAGCAUAUAUACAGUAGCUAUAGAUGUUUACAAGACACGCUGUUAAUGCAUGGUGCUACAGUAAGUGGUGUUGGACUAUUUUAGAAAAUGUUUUGGUGAUUUGGCGUAUCACUAUUUUUUAAGCUACCGCACCUUAUGGUCACUGUGACUCGCAGGCUGUGUAAUGCAUAGGGCUUCAGUGUAGCGUGAAUGAGGAGCAGAGAUCCUGGUCACUUUGUUGAAAUGACAAUGUAGCAGUGACCCUGGAAAACAAUAACGUCUGUACUAUACUCAACUGUGGUUGGUGUCUUCACCACCAGCCAGUCAUUAGUCCAUCUGUCUAUUUCAUGAGAUUUCACACGAUACUGACAAAACAAUUUACAAUGUCGCUACAGUACGUUUUUGCAACCAGAUGUGAUGUGACCAAAUGUACAUUUCUACCAAAGGCAGCGAAGGUAAUGCCAUGACAACUGAUCCAACGCAGGAAAGCAUCAGAACACAAAUCUGCUACUUGACUCAGCAGAAUCCGAGCCUGAACACUGAGCUAUUUGAAAUAUUUGUGCCAUCUAUAAUGUAACAUUAAAUGUAGCUUCUAUACUGGUUUACUUUUAUUGGUACUUCAUUGUAGCUACACUCAAAUACUGCAAAUGAGCAACACGGACAAGCAUGUGAAGAUAUUUUUGUAUUUAUUUGGUUGACUACUGUAAUCUUGCUUUAAAGAUUGCAGUAGUGCAUGUUGUUUUUAUGUGUAUGAUGAAUUCUCACCAUGUGUAAAUGAGAGAACUUGUAUGUUUGCUGCAUUUGUUCAGCUGGAAUAUAAACAAACUGUCACCCAGUCA